GUGCAUGCCAGGAGGUGAAGUUGGUGGCGCAGCUUGCAAUCAAGGUUUGCUACCAGUCCUCAAAGGAUGAUCAUCAUGUCAGAGGAUGGAACACUACAGCCUCAUCACCAUCUGAGGUCCAAUCAUGGAAUGCUGCAAUUGUUUGUUUUAUUCCGUUAUAUAGCCUCGUCUAAUUGGUCCUUUGACUCCCUCGCCUUAUUCCCCUGAGUAGGCGACCUCCGAGUACGGAUCCGGACAUACGAGCCCCCGGAAUCCACUUCAAAUCCAACUACAGUAUGAUCAGCAUCACUGCUACUUUGUUUACCAUCACCAGAACGCCUCACUGUCAGCCUUAGGCCACCGAUCAUGAUUAUGGAUUGGAUUUAAACAGAUUCAAUACUCUCUCUAACCAUCAACAAUCAAUACGACUUCACCAUCAUGCCCGGAUCUCCCCUACAGUCAGACGAUGAAAGCGCGUGCAGAGUGAGCAGCGAGGCGUGGGAGCAGCGUCUACUCAAGGCAGAAGGCUUGGACCAAACAAGGUCAAUUAUGGAUGGCUGGCGUGCAGAAGAGUCGGCCUUGGAGCCAGACCUGGAUUCUCUUUGUUUCUAUGAAUCAUUGGUGGCAGCAUUUCACCGUGGAGACGUACCAUUGGUGAAGUACUUCUUGGAGGAAGGAGUCCAAAUAACUUAUACACUGAGCUAUGAUGCUGUCAGUGAUGCGGUACCAGAGAACAAGAGACUGGAGAUCCUUGAAACUUUGUACCGACAUGGGUGGGAUCUCAAUCAAAAGUCACCAUGGCGUUUUACAAUCUUGAGUGAUUCCGUCAAGAAUGAAGGAGUAGUUCAAUGGCUGCUUGAUCACGGAGCAGAUCCAAAUCCAAGAACACCCAUCUAUUGUGUCCCAAUCAGCAUUGCUGCCAGGGACGCCUCUCUGGACACCAUCAAACUGUUACUUGAAUGGGGUGCUGAUCCAACCAGAAGCAUUGCUCUGAAAUACGCGAUCAUGAGAGAUGAUGAACACUGGCAGACUGUGAUAGAGACACUUCUUGAUCAUGGUUGUGGUAUUAAUGACUCCAACAGCUUUGGUAUAAGCCACAGAGGAAGGCCUCGUACAGAUCCAGGGACUGUACUGCAUUCUGCUGCCUUAUGGAACCGCCAUCAUAUGAUCCCAUUCCUGCUGGAAAAAGGUGCUGAUCCGUUGAAGGUUACUGAGACGGGACUUACACCUGCCCAGUAUGCCUUGGAAAACGGCAGUGAGGAAGCCGCGAGUAUUUUGGCUGAGGAAGAGAGGCAAUCCAAUGCCCGGCAGGGAGAAAUAUAGGAAGCCCAUAUUCUAAAAUGAAACAAACGAUUGUUUUGUAACAUCAGUCAAAAGGUUACCAAGGCUAUUAUUGGCCCCUACAAAUCAUUGGAUGGAUCAGUGGAUGGUAUAUGGUAUAUACAGAGUAUAUGAGGAUGUCCUCCUGAAAAUUGUGAUUGGCCAAUUUUCAGCCAUUUAA